AGGGGCUCCAGAGGCGCGCGUGCGCCGGCUGCGGGCCAGCCGGGCGCGAUGGACCGGGCCCUUCCCAACGCCCCGAGUCUGGCGCAGCCGCUGCCGGCCGAGGUGUGCUCCGAGGAGGAGCUCUAUGACUGCCCCGAUUACUACUACCUGCGCGACUUCCCGGCCAGUGGGGCCGGACACAGCAAGGGCCGCACGCGGCGCGAGCGGGAACUGCGCACCAACUGGCCGGUGCCUGGCGGCCACGAGCGCAAGAUCGCACAGAAGCUCCUCAACGGCCAGCGCAAGCGGCGCCAGCGCAAGCUGCAGCCCCGGCCGCGCACUCGCCUCGCCUGCGCGCUGGAUACCGAAGGACCUGAUAAAAAAAAGUCUUUUCUUUGACUCCCUCUGCAACUGGUCUUAAGGGGAGAGAAUCCAUGUUGGUCAACAGAAUUUGGUUUUGGCAUCGCUUAACUUUACUGCUUCAACGGCCAGACUCUGGUUGUUAAGUAACAUCCAAGUGGGUAUGCCUUUUUAGGGUUUUUAAUUAAAAGAGAGCAGCAGCAAGAGUGGCAUUUUAACUCUU